GUGGCCUUCGACCAGAGUCAGACUCCAGUCCACACCAUUUCCAUUCCCCUUCCCCGCAUGAGGCGUCAGGAGAUUGAGAUGACGGGCCGUCGACGCCGGCGCCGCCGCCGCCGUCGCUGGAAGAGGAAGAUCUGCUCAAGAUCCUCCUCCGCCUCUCUCCGCUGCCGUCCUCCCUCCCCCGUGCCUCCGCCGUCUGCACGCGCUGGCGCCGCCUCAUCUCCGACCCCGACUUCUUCCGCCGCUUCCGCCUCCACCACCGCCCCAACCCUCCCCUCGUCGGUUUCUUCGUCGCGGACGAGGUCCGCCGCCUCCUCGGCUUCGGGUCGCUUAUGGGCGCCCCCAAUCGCUUCCCCACCAAGCGCUUCAACAUGAAGGGGAGGGAAGGCAGCCAGAUGCUCAGCUGCCGCCAUGGCCUCGUACUCAUCUUCCUCGGCGUGGAGUACCAGUUCCUGGUGUGGGACCCCGUCACCGGCGUCCGCCACUUCAUCGACCCCCCUCCAGGCUCCAGCACGGGCUCUGUCUGCACGGGUCAACGGAGCGGUGCUUCGAGAUGCGAGAGUCGACGACGACUUCAAGGUUGUCCUGGUGGCCGUUGAGGGUUCACGAGCAAUCGCCUGCGUCUACUCGUCCAAGACCCGUGAUUGGGGUAAUCUCGUCUCAACCAUGCUUCCACCCAAGGGUUUUAUGGGCAGCCCUCCUGCCAUGAAUUUUUCGAAGAUGCACUCUCUGCUUGUUGGGGAUUCCCUUUACUGGCUUCUCUCUGACAGGCCGACGAGCCUAACUGAGGCCUUCAGCCACGCUCCUUGCCUUGAGUUUGAUGUGGAGAGGCAGAGCCUAACCGUGGGACGUGUGUCAGGAGACCUGAACUACACCAAAGACCAUGAGAUCUCUCUUAUAACUGAAAAGGGUGGUGGACUUGGUUUACUCACGUUGUCAGGCUGCAAUGCACACUUCUGGAGAAGAAACAGUGAGCAUGAUGGUGAUUCUUCAUGGGUGCUUGGAAGAACUAUCGAACUAGACAAUCUUCUCUCCUUGAAUCCACAGAAGGAGGCGGGGCGCAUAUUCAUAGAAGGGUUUGCUGAGUAUAAUCAUGUGGCGGUCUUGUCUACUCCUUCCUCCCUCUACACGGUCCAGUUUCAGCCAUUGGAGGUCAAGAAACUUCACAAUGUAGGUUCUCAAUAUCAUGCAUUCGAAAGUGUCUGCACUGCAGGUAAUGGCGGGCGGCCUGAUGCAGCUGAUGUUGCACAAAACGCUUAAGAGGAUUGUCUGUUAGAUAUAUGAUGCACUGGUUGAGCAGGUUUCGCUUUGGUCGCUGGAGAUGAAGAAACGGGCUGCUGAUGACCAUGCUACUAAUUUCCUGUUGUCGUUCUCUGCUGAUAAACAUUCUGGCAUAAAGGUUGAAGGCACAGUGUCUUGCUUCCGUAAAUGAGUACUUACAAUGCGCUGGGAUCGCUUGUCAAUUGAUCUUGUUUGCAAUUUAGUGCGAGCGCAUCUGCUGGCGGGUUUGAUUACCUUCCAUGUUGUGUCAAGCAUGGAGUUUCUGAUGUUAUAUUUCUGCAUAUCUGUGCUUAUGCUGAGAUUUUGACAAAUAUCAAAUGGCACAAGUAGUCCUGCCUGCUGUUAUUUGCAACUGCUUAAA